AUGGCUUUCAAGCUUCCUCAACCGUUCCUACCAAAGAAGAAAUCUGAUUCUGCACAAGUAAUUCGACGCAGUCCAAUAGCAGGUUUGGAGAACUUACAAAAGACGGAUUUUAGUAAUUCCGAACUUAUAGGAAAGGGGUCGUAUGGGAAGAUCUUCAAGGUCAUCCGUAAUGGAAAGGAAUUUGUAGUGAAAGGACUUGUCACACAAGAUGCUACAGACCAUGAGAAUGAUUUAUUUCUUAAGGAGGCAAAAUUGAUGGCAUCAUUGAAAGGGCAUCCAAAUGUUUUGCAAAUUCACGGAUAUUCAAUGACUGAUAACUCCCUUCUCCUAGAAUUUAUGUCAUUCUCGUUUGAAAGACUCAAUCUGAACAAUGAUUCUGUUUCAAAUUUAAAGGAUCUUUUAAAAACGUGCGAUCGAAUCAAUGACUUCGAAGGUUUUGAACACAUGCCCUAUCAUUUAGCGUUAGAUAUAUGUACAGGCCUGGACUAUCUGCACCAGAAAGGAAUAGUUCAUCGUGAUUUAAAGCCUGAUAACAUCCUUGUGUCAAACCAACAUUACUUGGAAUGCACGGAGGAAGAUCUGAAGUAUUGGUGGCUCAAUAAACCAGUUGUAGCCAAACUUACUGACUUCGAGGAAUCCAGAUCAUUGCUGGUGCAAACUCGAACCUUAUGUAAAACAAGCACUUUAAAUUUGAUAGGAGGUUCACCUGUUUAUAUGGCCCCUGAAGCCAUUCUUGGAGGCACUACAAAUGCCGACAUUGGAGCGCUAAAACGAAUGGACAUUUGGUCAUUGGGUAUGGUUACGUUUCAUCUGCUUAAUCCAGAUGCAAAAUAUGCUUAUGCAGAUGAACUCAACGAAAUGUGUUCCUCCUCGCCAAUGGAAGCAGUGAAAGACUUCUUAAGAGACAAGAAACCUCCCAGAAACCUUGCAAAAUAUGAGGAAAAAAGUCACGGACCUUGGAGCAGAAUAGUAGAAUUAUGUUCUGCAUCUUUACAUUUCGACGCUUCUACCGUCAUCUAA